CUCGUUCCGCUUUGACACUUGGUUUGUUGAUAUUGACUACGAACGAGAUGGGAUCGCUGGUUUGUAACUAACACGUGGACUGUCACCAGGGGCGUUAUAUGCCAACAUGUGUGCCCUUUACACGGAAGACACGAUUCGAGUGCAGACUGAGACUGGCGAGUGUAAGAUCGAUUUAUGUUUCGGUGACAUUACAAGUCUGAAAAAAGAAGAGGCGGUGGAUGUGUGCCUGGUGUCAGCAUUUCCUGGUGAUUAUGCCGCAACUCCGACAUCACUGAUUGGGGCAUUCCAGAAGAAUCUAGGUCUGUCUGUUCGAGAACUGUCUAGGGAUAAAGAAGAAGAUCUUAGAAGACUGUACUGUUGUUGGUGGUCACGUCCAUUACCACAACGCUAUCCAUUCCGGAGAAUUCUAUGCUUUGAAAGUACACGUUUAAGUUAUUUAUACGCCCAUCCAGUUGAGUUAGUUGGGGAUGUUUUCCGCUGUCUUGUACCAAUUCUUAGAAACCAAGAUGGUCAAGUGAUCACACCACUUCUAGCAACCGGUGAUCAGGGUUAUUCUGAGACUGUUAUGUUGAAGGGUAUGAUUGACGCCGCUGUCAAUUGGAUGAAAGCUGGCCUUCCACUCAGGCUACUGAAAAUAGUCGUUUUCACACGAUCGGUCAAAGAAGGCAAGAUGGAUUCUGCUAAUAAGAAGCAUUUUAAGGGAAUUUUAUCUCUUUUUACGGCUCUCAAAGAACAAUAUGAAUCUAAGGAAAUUGAAGAGAAGAACGACACCAUUGAAUUUGAUGUCUACAUUUCGUACAGUGAGAAAGACCUUGGUGUAGUGGACACGAUACAGGGCCUACUUAUGAAGGAGAAAAAAGACAUCAAGAUAUUCUCAGAACAACAAGACUUGGAUACCACUUGUGUCUGGCAAGAAAACAUGUACAAGGUCAUGGUGAAGUGUGCCAAAAUCAUAACAGUUUUAAGCCCAGCCUACCUGACAUCGGCCACGUGUACAGAACAGUACAACAUUGCAUUAUGCGUCAACAGAAAGACAAAUCGAGAUCGGCUGGCACCGUUCUACGUAGAACAGAUCGAACUUCUCCCAUCCUACAUGGGAUUAGUACAGUAUGUAAACUGCAGUCCACAUGACAAGCUGAAACUAGCUACUGCAUGCCAUCAAGUCAUUGUAGCUCUAACUCUGGAAGUUACCAUGGUUACACAGAAAGGACAAUCUAUAAAGAAGAGGAGCGACUUAAAUUAUGAUGUCUUUAUUUCAUAUUCGCACAAAAAUUCACAACAAGCAACGGCAGUUUUAAAUAAACUCACAAAUCUUAAUCCAGAUCUGAAGAUUUUCUUCGAUAAAGAGGAAUUGAAAACAGAACAUAUAGAAGACAUAGCGGAAGAAUUCACAUCAGUAAAAAUGGUGGAUGGAUUUCGGAAUGAUUUCCACAGCGUUGUAGACGUGACAUGUACUGACAUUGAUGAGAUGUAUGCGGAUUGCAAUAUUGCUCAUUUGACCGAAGAAUAUCGUUUAGUCAAGUAUCGCUCCAAAUAUGGAAACAAGGACACAUUUACGGAGAUUGCUGCAGCAGAAACUGAUCUCGGUAACAAAAGUUACGACAUCAUUCUCAGCUAUGCGCCGAGUGAUGCAAUGUACGCUAAGUUUUUCAGAGCGGUGAUUAGAAGAAGAGCACCCUCAUUGAAAUUAAUAGAUGCUGUGUCAACAGAUCAUCGACAGAUGGCUGUCUUGGAUAGCGCAUCUGUCAUCGUACCUUUAAUUUCUCCGGCAUAUGUUGAGUCCAACCAGGUAGUUGAGCUUCAGAUAGCGUUGUCACGUCAUCGCCUCGCUCAUGAUGAAUCAACUUUAUUCCCUAUAUUGUUGAACUAUCUACCGCAGAAACCAACGUACUUCCAUUUACUGCCAUACGAAGUGUCUUGCGUCGAUGAACACUGGCGAGAACAAGUUCGAAAUGAUCAUUUCGUAAUACCAGAUGUAGGUGUCACUCUUGGUAAAGCUGAAUCGUCAUUAUUGCCGGCCGUUUCAAAGGUCGCUGCUUGUGCACUUAUGAAAGCUGUAGAUAUUCUUCUUCUUAGGUUAAAUAGGCAACAACCGACAAUGUCUGGUACACAAAAUGUAGUGCUAUGUAACGUUGUCAAGCUGAGGCAUGAAAUACUGGCCACACAGAACGCAGAGUUUGUUGCCAGGGCCGAAAAGUUUUUGCUUGACUCAGUGAAAGAGACUGAAACUAUGGAAACCAAAGAUAAAACAGGAGAGUCAUCAUCGAGGCUAGAUAUUGUUGACCGGUCAGUAACGGUGGAGGAGAGUGGUACUGACAAACAAACAUCACCUCCAAGUGAAAGGAAAGCAAAAUCUGGAGAGGAAUCUAAUGAAGAUAAUUGGGCGAUGAUGGAUAUAAUUGCGCAUCAAGGUGCGUCAACUACAGUGGCCACUGCGUCACUGGACAUUGUUACAAGUAAGAAUGAGACUUCAGAUGAGAGCAAUGUUUCUGAACAUCCAACAGCACAAAACUCACUCUCAGCCACACCACAGGAAGUUGUACAGAGGCGUAGUGUUGCCUGUCAUCUUUUAUAA